AUUCUUAUCAAUAAAUUAUAUUUUUCUCGUGAUAAUUUAAUAUUUUAGUAUGUGAGAAAUUAAUUACCAAAUUUUAUAUUUGUUUAGUUUUCCAAUUUUCUUUAGUCUUGCGUGUAAUAUCGUAACCCAUAAAAUUGCAACUAUAAAAAUAUGGCGAUUCAAAGGAAAUAUCUUCUCAAGUACAUUUCGUUCAUAAAUUAUGUAUUGAAAUCGUGUUUCAACAGAUCCAAAUCUCAAGUCAUACGGUCAAAAAUGCUUCACGAUCUCAGAGUCAACAUUCUUUUUGGAUCUGAAAUACAUUUUAAAUGUGUUCCUGAUAAUAUAUUGGAAAAGCUAGUAACGCAUCAUUAUGACAAUAUAACAAUUCUAAAACACAAUUUAGAAAUUCACAAUUGUAUAUUUGUCAGUCAGGAAACAUUAGACAAAUUAAAAUUGAAUAAUAUGCAAUGGGUACUAGCCAAUAUUAAGACUAAAGAUUCUUAUAGUUUACCUAUGUCACACUAUAACAGAAUAAUAGUGUUGACCUCUUAUAAAGGAUCUGAUUGCAUUCUAACUUCAACAAAUUUAUUUAAUCUAAGUAACUGCAAUCAUACUUGUCAAGCUUGUAUGUUGAGAAUUAUCAAACCAUUAAUAGACUUUGAACCAAAAAUAACACAAAAAGUAUCAAUAUCUGUGAUGAAACCCUUGGUAUUUAAUGCAGAAACACAAAUAUUACAGGAUAAAAUACUUUACAAUUAUUUUUCUCUUCCAAAAUGUGUAUCAAUAGGAGAUAUAUUAAAAUUAGAUUUAAGAAAGUCUUAUCCAGAAGCAGAAUAUUUAGUAGAAUCUAAUAGUAUAUCAAUUUUUUACAUUAAAAUUGUUGACCUGGAAGAAAAAAAUGUGCAAACAAAUGUAUACAAUUGCAAAAAUAAAUUUUAUAUAUCUAAUUUUCAUACUAAAUUAAAUGAAGUUCAAUAUUCAACUAACACAUAUUUACCCAUAGAAAAAGAAUUUGCAAUAAAUAACCUAAAAAUAUUAAAUAUAAAUAAUUUCAAUGAUUUUAUUUUGAACAUAUUUCCGGGUGGAAUGAAUGAUGAAGGGGAAUUAAUUGUGUCUAUGAUUAAACCAUUUAUUUAUCAGAGGUACACAGAUUUUGAAUCUUUGAAACCAGUUUUCUUAGUUUACGGAGUUAAUGGUUGUGGCAAAAAAUUAUUAAUUGAGUCAGUAUCAAAAUAUAUUGGAGUACAAUAUAUAUCUCAAUGUUGUUUUAACUGGCCUACAAACAAUAUUGUUCAAUUCAAAAAAAGAAUAGAAUACUUUUUUGAUGAUAUUAGAAAAAUGACACCUUGUUUAUUACACUUAGAAAAUAUUGAAGCUUUAAGCUUAUCUUCCACUAAAGAUUUAGAACAAGAAAUUUUAGAUAUAUUUAUUAGACAAAUAUAUGUAGAAACCAAGAAUCCUAUUAUAAUUAUUGCUACUACAAACUCAAAAGAAGAUCUAAGCCCUGUUUUCUUAAGACUAUUUUUACAAUGUCAACAAGUUGGAAAUUUAAGUAAAACAAACAGAGAACAGUUAUUAAAAUGGAUAUUAAAAAGAGAUUCUAUUGCAUUAGAUAACAAAAUAAUUAAACAAAUUGUAGACCAUACUUCUGGUUUCAAUUAUACAAAUUAUAUGACAAUGCUGCUAUUAGCUGUAAAGAAUCAUAUGGCUGUACAUAAUAUUAAAUCUACUGAUGUAACAUUAGAUGAAUCUGAUAUAAUGCUUUCAAUAGACAAAAUAAAUUUAAUAUUCACAAAAUCAAUUGGAGCGCCAUCAGUACAAGUUGUAAAGUGGGAUGAUGUUGGGGGCUUAAUAAAUGUGAAAGAAGAAAUUAUGUCUGCAUUGAAACCUUCAACAUUUAAUAUGAGGAGAUCAGGAAUAUUAUUAUAUGGUCCACCUGGAACUGGAAAAACAUUAUUAGCAAAAGCUGUGGCAACUGAAUGUAAAUACAACUUUUUAUCAAUUAAAGGUCCCGAAUUACUUAAUAUGUAUAUUGGACAAAGUGAAGCUAAUGUACGAGAAGUGUUUAACAAGGCUCGUUCAGCUGUACCAUGUAUUUUGUUUUUUGAUGAACUCGAUUCAUUAGCUCCAAAACGUGGUCAAAAUGGAGAUUCUGGAGGUGUUGGAGAUAGAGUUGUAUCACAAUUGCUAACUGAAAUGGAUGGAAUGACAUCAGAAAAUCAACAAAUAUUUGUAUUAGGUGCUACAAAUAGACCAGAUCUUAUUGAUUCAGCACUUUUACGUCCAGGAAGACUUGAUAAAAGUAUUUAUGUUGGUGGUUGUAAUGAUAAAGAAUCAAAACUUCAUGUAUUAAGAGCAUUAACAAAAAAAUUUAAUUUAUAUUCAAAUUUUCAUCUAGAAGAUUUAAUAGAGCAUCUUCCAGACCAAGUAACAGGGGCUGAAUUGUAUGGAAUGUGUCACAAUGCAUGGCUAAACAGUGCUAGAAGAGUUAUUCAAAAACGAAUGAUACUUAUUAAUGACAAACAAUGUGCAACUCAUGACAAUGUAAUGGUAACUAAAGAAGAUUUUAUGAACGCAAUGAGUGAAAGUUUUAUCCUAAAAUAACUGUCCACAUAACUAUAACUAAAUAUACAAAAUAAUAAAAUAAAUAAGACUGAUUUUAUUUUAA